AUGUAUAUAAAUAUAAUAAAUGUAUUACAGAUCAUGAAAUGGAAAUCAUAAUCUGUUACUGCCAACAACAAGUGCGCAAUUUUCACGUGGGAAGUCCGUACGGAUGCCGACUCUUCUAUGACCCAGAUAGGAACGAUCGGGUCCUUAUGGAACCCUUUAAACAGGAACUUUUUGGACCUGACCAGUUCGAACAGCUAGAAUUUCCUCCCUGUGAAACAGACAACCCCGGUCAGGAGGAGCACACUUAUAAACUUCUGUCGGCGUUAGACAGGGGGAUGCUUCUGGAGUGUCAUGACGGCAAAAUCUACGCCACGCGAAAAUCGAGAUGCGUAAUAUUUAUCUCCUCUCCCAUCGUAAACAAUGGAGAACCCUUUAAGCUGGAACGAAAUGAAAAAGUACAAGUGUUUGAUUGCCAUGGUUACUUUGAACCAAUGAUACACCGCUACCUGGCGGGCGCUUCUGGCAAACCACAGGCCCACUUUAUGAUUGGAUUUGGUCAGAGACUGAUGUCCAGCAAAUCGGACCACAGUGGUCUGCUUAUUUCAGCACAGGUGUAUCACAGCCGAGCCAAAUACCUGCUAAAUCAGGUCUCCUGCGCUAGUCCCCUUUCAUCGUCUCUAAAAUUUUCACAUCCUGACGAUUUUGACAAGCUGUUAUCAUACCUGAAACUUGGUGGCAAAGACGAAGGUAGUGAGCAUGUCAUGGAAACUUGAACCCAGACUUGGAAUAUGACGUCAUUUCCCUGAUAGACAAUUUGUUUGUUUAGUUGGGUUGUUUGUAUUGGUUGUUUUUGUUGAAGAGUUAAAUCUCCCCUAAAAUAAAAUGAAAAUAUUUGCUAGAUAAUUCACUGUUAGAAUUUCAAAUGUAUGCAAUUUAGCAAAAAAUUAGCCUUUGCAGUGUGAAAUCACGCAGAAAAAGUAAAAUCAUGCAGAGAUGGAGAUCGUGCUUUUGCUUUGCAGUUUGAUAAACCGUCGCUUUAAACUACUGCACCACCUGGUCAACUGAAAAGUAAAAAAAAAGAUAUUUCACACUUCAUUCGAAAAAAAAAUUGGAUGUGCUAAUACAUGUACUUUUAAAGUAAUUGUUUUCUGUAUAAAAUUUGUUGAUGUUUUGUAUUUCUUUCAAUCUGAAGAUAACAAUUUCAGAGAAAACCGAAACUUUAAAUGACAAAGAACAGAAAAAACAUUAAAAAAUAGAUAUGUGUACAUAUAUAUAUAUAUUCAGAGUAACCUUAGUUCCCCUUACUUCAUUUGCUGUUAUAUCUAGCGGAAUUAACGUUAUACAAAGAAGAUGAAGUUUAACCAUACACAUGUAUGUAAAUUUCUUUGCAUAACACAGCUAUUUUUUUGUAACUGUUACAAUUGUAGAUUAACAACUUUGAAAAUAAAAUAUGAAUUCCAA